AUGGAUCAUUCCCCAUUUACACCGAAGAUUAGGGCGUUGGAAGAGCAACUCAGCCCGCUAGUGCACCGCCGGUGGGAAGACGAGAAACUGCGAAAGAACGCAACAUGGAACCUUCGCUUCUGCGAAGAGAUGCAAGCGCGCCUACCCCUGGAACUGCGCAACAUGGUGUACAAGCACAUAUGGGACUUUAAUACGACCUUUGAAACCUACAAUGGACUAGUGUUUCUCGCUCAACGCCGUUGCCAGGGCUUCUGUGAAGGUAAAGAAGAAGAAUGCCAAAGGCUAGCCUCUACAUCCGAACCCGGAACAAAGAGCAGCUGUCGUUCACAUCGCAACACGCCUUUCUUUAUGAGACCCGGAUAUGUGGGCCAGGAAACAGCCCGGGAGGUUGUAGAGGCUUGGUACAACGCUGUCGUUGCAUGGUGGCCCAAGACGUGGAACCGUGUCUCUCUUGCCACGGUCGAGUACAUGACACGCACCGACGCUUUCUUCGUUGGCCUGAACCCUUCAACGAUACUUCGUACUCUCAGCCUAGAGAUCUACAUCGACUUCCUUUUCAUGACGUACGACCGCAACGGACUGUCAGACCAAGCAUGCAUCGACUCGCUCCUCCGGAUCAAGAAAAAGGCCGAUUUCAAACUAAGCUUUACCCUUAAGCAGAAAUACAUCAGCUUCCACUACUGGUCUUUAGCCUUCGAUAUGCUCAGGCAAGUAGUCGAUGUGUUUGAGAAAGAGGGAGCAAUUGUCCAAGUCACUUUUGUUUACCUUCACGACGGGCUCUAUCCGAAGCUGAAAUGGGAUAUGCUUCCGGCCUUGAGGAGCGGCAACAACGACUGGAAGGCGGGCGCAAAACGUGAUUUGGAGAAGGACCGUCGAUUUCGUGAGAGACACAGGGUGUAUGAAGCCGACACCCUGACUGAAGAUUCGGAUUACGACGAACUGGAUUAUCGUUCUGAUGAUGAUAAUCGCAAAAGACCGUACUAUGGACCCCACAGCGAUGACGGUGGUGAGUCCCCUGGAGAGAAGGACUAUAGUGCGGACAAUAUGUACAGAACGUAUUUCGAGCCACGAGACUUUGAGCCCCCUCCUCCUUCCAAAAUACGCCGGCCGGCGUGGGAAGAACAUCUACUGUUGAACGAAUAA